AAAUUGGAUCUUAUUUGAAGAACGUUUGGGGGAAGGAGCCUGUGAUUGUGGCUUCUAUCGGUAUCGGUUCACUAGCUUUGCUAACUGCAGCCCUGAGUCCGAUGGCUGGCACACAGGCCAAGCUCAAUCAAGCUGUUCCAUUUAAUUACCCAGUUCCUGUCCGAGACGACGGGAAUAUGCCAGACGUUCCAGCUCAUCCCCGUGAUCUGGUCGGGCGAAACUUGGAAUGGAUGAAGAAGCUUUGAGGAAGACAAAGAGGAGUUUGAAUGUCAUCCUCAACACAGAGAGUUCUCAUGCCUUCAAAAACAACUAUUAAUAAAUAUUAUUCCUGUC